AUGCCUUCUGGAGGUUUGGCUCACAAAGGUGGAGAGUUUCCAAAUCAUCCUCUUGUUCCAAUCACUUUGAUCGUUCCUGCUUCAAUAUUAGCUGUCAAUAUCGAGAAAGAGACAUCAUUGGCUCUUGUCUCUAUCACCCUUACGAGUGGAGAGAGUGCACAUGAGGAAAGUACAAUGAUUGAUUCUGAAGAAAUGACUUCUUCAUCUUCUCCUGCCAUGAAGAAGAGUUUUAGUGUGGGUUGCUUGCCAUCUUCAUCAACUACACCACCUUCUUCAACAUCAUCGAAUUCAGCGCGGGUUAACAUAGGUGAAAAUUUUGAUCUCCUCUCUAACGGGUAUCUCUCUGAUGGCCAAGUAGGACGUACCCCAGAAAGGAAGAAGGGUGUGCCAUGGACUGAAGAAGAGCACCGGAAUUUUCUGCUAGGGCUGGAAAAGCUCGGCAAGGGUGACUGGAGGGGUAUCUCUAGAAGCUUUGUGACCACAAGAACUCCAACCCAAGUUGGGAAUGGUAACUCAAUCAAACCGGUUAAUGCAAGCAUUUCUGAGGUAACUGAAAGCAAAAAUAUCUUUGGAGGGUUACUGUUGAUGAACACAGUAGCUUCUCCAAUUUCUACUGGGUUUUCUGAGCUAGGCCUACAGAUUUGGAAUUCUUCUCCACCACCACCAGGGAUUAAACAGCUUCUUUUAGAGGAUAAAAUGGGGAAUGCAUUUGUUCACAGCUAG